AUGGCCGAUUUAAUCAACAAUGUGAUGUGGCAGUCAAAAGAAAAUGAUACCAACCUCGAUGAAGGAACAUCAAAUACAAGGGGUAGUGGUGUGGCUGAUGAUUUUACACAGUUGUUAGAAGAAGUGGAAACUAAAUUAUAUCCUGGUUGCACCUUUUCUUCCCUUGAGUUUCUAGCAAAGUUAAUGCAUAUCAAGUUGAGCAACGUGUACGUAGGAAAGUCUGAGGCAAAGCAAAAAAAUAUAAAGAUUGAAAGAGCGCUCUUACCGAAUAAAGGCAAGCCAAUUACCAUGGAUUAUGAUACGGAUAUGACAUAUGAUCCCGUAGGAGAGCCAAAAGACAUGUUUUCACGAGAAGUUGAAAAAACAAUGUGGCAGAUGAUCCCUUUUCAUAAAUGGACUUGGAAAAAAGUUUCCCCGGCAAUAAAGGACACAGUUAUACAACAUUUAGGGACAAAGUUUGAUAUGGAUCAGAUGUACCAGGAUGUAGAAGCUAAUAUGUUGACAGAGAGUUUUCAAGCAACUUUGUUAAAAGGUUAUCGAGACCGUCAAGCUGAUGCAACCGAAUAUUUUAUGGAAGUCGGAGGGUGUCAUGAUAUCCCGAGAACACUAGCCAACCCUGCAAAUGGUAUGGAUGUUGAUAAUUGGAAGAAACCAGUUGAGUAUUUCCAAACGUACGAACACAAAAUUGCUUCAGAAAUGAACAAAAAGAACCUUAAUAGAGUGGAAACUUUUCGCAAGGCUCAUACUGAUAGGGAUGGUGUAUUUGUUAUUGUCGAGGUAGAACAACAAUAUAUUAAUAGUUCUAUUCCUUCAUCACUAGCAAACCUGAGCAACUUACAGUAUCUCUACCUACUCGCGAAAAAACUUAGUCGUUCUAUUCCUUCAUCAUUGGGUGAUUUGAGAUCUUUGAAUGUUCUUCAUUUGAGCGAUAAUCAACUCUCUGGCCACAUUCCUAUUGAAAUCGGGAAUUUGAAGUCUCUCACUGAUCUUCAAUCUCUCACUAAGCUUGCGGUGAGCGACAAUCAACUUAGUGGUUCUAUUCCUUCAUUAUUAGCAAACUGGAGCAACCUACAUAAUUUGUUCCUACGCCACAAUAAAUUACCUGGUUUGAUUCCACAAGGAUUGGGAAGUCUAUACUUGAACAAAGUAUCUGGCCCCAUUUCUAUUGAACUGAGGAAUUUGAAGUCUCUCACUGAUCUGUUGUUGAGCCAAAAUCAGCUUAGUCGUUCUAUUCCUUCAUCAUUGGGUGAUUUGAGAUCUUUGAAUGUUCUUCAUUUAAGUGAUAAUCAACUCUCUGGCCACAUUCCUAUUGAAAUCGGGAAUUUAAAGUCUCUCACUGAUCUUCAAGUGAGCUAUAAUCAACUUAGUGGCUCUAUUCCUUCAUCAUUAGAAAACCUGAGCAAUCUAUAG